GGGGCGCGGCGGAGCUGCCUCUCGCCAUGGGCGGUGGGAGCCGGGCCCGGGCCCCGCCGGCCGCGGGGCUGCCCCGCGCCGGGAUGCGGCUGCUCCUCGCCCACGCCGUGCUGCUGUGCGCUGCCGAGAGCGCCGCGACCGACGGCUCCGUGAAUCCCUGCUGCUAUUUCCCCUGCCAGCACCAAGGCGUGUGCAUGAGGGUCGGCCUGGCAGGGUACGAGUGUGACUGCACGAGGACGGGAUACUCCGGGGUCAACUGCACCUCCCCCGAGCUCUGGACACGCAUCCAUGACCUGCUGAAGCCCAGUCCUGCCUUCUACCACUUCAUCCUGACCCACUUCAGGUGGUUUUGGGACAUUAUCAACAGCACCUUCAUCAGAGGCACGCUCAUGAGGCUCGUGCUCACAGUUCGUGCCAAUCUCAUCCCCAGCCCCCCCACCUUCAACUCUGACUAUGGCUACAUCAGCUGGGAGGCCUAUGCCAACGUCAGCUAUUACACCCGCAUCCUCCCGCCGGUGCCAGACAACUGCCCGACGCCCAUGGGGACCAAAGGCAAGCAGCAGCUCCCCGACCCUCAGCUCCUGGCAGAGAGGUUCCUGCUACGGCACGAGUUUGAAGCUGAUCCCCGAGGCACCAACCUGAUGUUUGCCUUCUUUGCUCAGCAUUUCACUCACCAGUUCUUCAAGACAUCUGGCAAGAUGGGACGUGGCUUCACCAAGGCGCUGGGGCACGGGGUGGAUCUUGGGCACUUGUAUGGUGACAACCUGCAGCGGCAGCACCAGCUGAGGCUCUUCAGAGAUGGGAAGCUGAAAUUCCAGGUGGUGGACGGCGAGGUGUAUCCCCCCACGGUCACGGCUGCCCCGGUGCACAUGGUGUACCCGGCUGCCAUCCCCAAGGAGAGGCAGCUGGCCAUGGGGCAGGAGGUGUUCGGGCUGCUGCCGGGGCUCAGCGUGUACAGCACGCUCUGGCUGCGCGAGCACAACCGCGUCUGCGACGUGCUGAGGCGGGAGCAUCCCAGCUGGGGCGACGAGCAGCUCUUCCAGACGGCUCGGCUCAUCCUCAUCGGGGAGACCAUUAAGAUCGUCAUUGAGGAUUAUGUCCAGCACCUCAGUGGGUACUUCCUCAGCCUCAAGUUCGACCCCGAGCUGCUGUUUGGGUCCCCGUUCCAGUACCGGAACCGCAUCGCGGUGGAGUUCAACCAGCUCUACCACUGGCACGGGCUGAUGCCCGACUCCUUCGUCAUCCAGGGCCAAGAGUACAGCUACGAGCAGUUCCUCUACAACACCUCCAUGCUCAUGGACUACGGCGUGGAGGCACUGGUGGAGUCCUUUUCCAAGCAGCUUGCAGGAAGGAUCGGUGGGGGACACAACAUCAACGCCAAUGUCUUGCACGUGGCCGUCGGGGUCAUCGAGGAGUCGCGGCAGCUGAGGCUACAGCCCUUCAACGAGUAUCGGAAGAGGUUUGGCAUGAGGCCCUACAAGUCCUUCCAGGAGCUCACAGGAGAGGAGGAGAAGGCGGCAGAGCUGGAAGAGCUGUAUGGAGACAUUGAUGCUCUGGAGUUUUAUCCGGGCUUGUUGCUCGAGAAACCCCAACCCAACGGUAUUUUUGGGGAAAGCAUGGUGGAGAUUGGAGCUCCAUUUUCCCUGAAGGGGCUUCUUGGAAACCCCAUCUGCUCCCCAGAGUACUGGAAACCCAGCACCUUCGGCGGAGCAACCGGCUUCGAGAUGGUUAAGACGGCAUCGCUCGAGAAGCUCGUGUGCCUCAACGUGAAGAAGUGCCCAUACGUGGCAUUCCAUGUGCCAGACGCUGUGGGAAAUGACACCCCUCGGGGUGCUGGAUCGUCUACUGAGCUCUAGCAGCAGGACAUCCUGGCCCAGGGAGUAGUGGGGACAGGGACCUGCCCACCCUGUGCUGAGCAGCAGCAGGACAGAUGACAGCCCCAUCCUGGGUGUCCUCCAUAGCAGCCCUCAAGGAGAGGCUGGUACCAGCUCUGCAAGAAGCUGAGAGCCUCAGCAGUGUGGCUGCCACCACUGCCCCCAGCAGCCCUGACUCUCUUGCUAGUGAACACCUCGCACACUGAAUCCCCAGGGCACACGCUGCCUCCCUGGGACGCCCUGGACUCCCCUGUGCUUUGUCACCUCCCACACUCCUGCUGCUCUCCAGCACCAAGCCACCAGCAGCCCUUCUUUCUGCAGGGCCCCGAGAGCCAUCACAGUCCUUCCUCCUCUGCUGCACCCAGUUAUGGUGCUGAGCUCCCCAGGGGGACGCAGGAGGCAAGUGGCAGCACGUGGAGGGAGGUGGAGGACACACUGGAGGUGGUCAUGCUGCUCAGUGGUGGCUGAGCCUGCAGCAGGAACCUGCUCCGAUCUGACUCUCCUGCAGCCGCUCCAGAGCCUCCACCCCAGCACACAGGCAUGGCUGAGACACAGCCAAGAGGGAGCCAAAGCAACAUCUACAGGAGGAGACCAGGGCAGAAGCAUCAGCUCAGGUGUCCCAGAGCUCCUGUCUGCCACGUGCUGUCUGGGAGCCUGGCGUGCACUGGCCACCCACGCUGGGCAGCUCAGAGCCAGAUGCUACACAGGGAUGGAGUCUCUUGCCCCCCAUAGUCAUUACACUUGCCUGCAUAUAAUAGCUCAGCAAAUGAAGUCCCCAAGGCACACAAAGCCCACUCGUGUCUUGCUUCAGGAGCACACACACACAUCAGCCCUCACUGAUUAAUGACAUGGUAGCUGUCAGCCUGUCACUGGCCUUGAUCCCCAUCAGAUCCUCAUUCACCUCCAGGAAAAGGGACAUUUAAAACAAUAAAAAGAUUUUUCCAAGUC